AUGAAAGUCCAGCACGACAACGUCGUCCAUUUCCUCGCGGCAUUCCAGGAUAACGGGCGCCUCUACCUCGUUUAUGAGUCGAUCCAUAUCUCUUCACAGGAAAUCCAUGGUGGUCCUAUGGGACCGUGGAGAGAAUUUGAGCUCGCGGCAAUUUGCGAACAGGUCCUGUCUGGCCUACUAUUCCUCAAGCAGACUCUUUCGGUUUGUCCACCCAUGCUUGACACGUCUCAAGUACUGUUGAAUCAAGAUGGGGUUGCGAAAAUUGCUAAUGUCGCCGAUGCUAUCGUUCAAGGGCCAAGUUUGUGCGAGCAUGGCGCCCAUCUGGCGCACCUCUUGUUCGAACUCAUGGAACCAGGGACUUAUAUGGCUGAUCCGCUCACUCUGCAGCUCGUCAAUCCUAACAAAUGGAGUGGGCGUAUAAAGGACUUUCUUGGGGCGGCAAGCAAGGGCAUUUUGUCUGAAUUGGCAGAGCGCGAGGCUGUACAUGACAGAUACCAUUACCUUCUAUAUCCGCGUUGGAUCGCCGGCAACGAAGGAAACGAGACGGCCGACCUCAUCGCCAAAGAGGCUGUUAGUUUGGAAGAGCAGCAUGAAAUUGGGUCACUUGGUAUCGACUUAUAG